GCUUCGGCUUUCUGUAUGCAGAUUAGAAGUGGACACCGCAAAGGCUCACGGGGAGCGGGCUCUACCCCUUCCGUUCCGAACUUCGUUUUGAGUUGUCGCGAGAGUUGGUUGUCGCGGGUGUCGGAAGCUGCUCGUCGCUCCGUAAGUGGCCAAGGGGCGGGUUCGCUGCUGUCGGCCUCUCCGCUAGCUUGGCGGCGCAAGAUGGCCGACAUCUCGCUGGACGAGCUCAUCCGGAAGCGCGGAACGGCGACCAAGGGACGGCUCAGUGCCAGACCAGGAAUUGGAGGCAUCCGAUCUCGAGUUGGGAUCCAGCAUAGUCUUCUUAGCCAGCCAGCUCGCACAGCCACCUUCCAGCAGAGAUUUGAUGCUCGGCAGAAGAUUGGCAUUUCAGAUGCUCGGCUCAAGCUGGGAGUCAAAGAUGCCCGAGAGAAGCUUUUACAGAAAGAUGCUCGGUUUCGGAUCAAAGGAAAAGUACAGGAUGCUAGAGAGAUGCUGAACUCACGAAAGCAGCAGAGCACUGUGCCCCAGAAGCCCCGGCAGGUGGCUGAUGCCCGGGAGAAGAUCAGCCUAAAGAGGAGAUCCCCUGUUACCUUCACAAGCCCACCCAUUGGGACAGUGACACCUGCUCUGAAACUCACCAAAACCAUCCAGGUUCCACAGCAAAAGGCCAUGGUGCCACUUCAUGCUCAUCCUGCUGGAAUGAGGAUCAAUGUUGUCAAUAACCACCAGGCCAAACAGAACUUAUAUGACCUAGAUGAAGAUGAUGAUGUUGCAGCACCUGUUCCUACUAAACAGAUGAAGUUUGCAGCUACAGGCAGCUUUGUCCAUCACAUGACUGGACUGAGCAGUUCCAAGCUGUCUGUGUCCAAGGCACUCCCUCUCACAAAAGUGGUUCAGAAUGAUGCCUACACAGCUCCUGUUCUUCCCUCCUCUGUUCGAACCAAAACCUUGACCAACAUGUCUCGGACACUGGUGAACAAGGAGGAGCCUCCCAAAGAGCUGCUACCUGCUGAGCCUGUGCUCAGCCCCUUGGAAGGUACCAAGAUGACUGUGAAUAAUCUGCACCCUCGAGUCACUGAGGAGGACAUUGUUGAACUUUUCUGUGUGUGUGGAGCCCUCAAGCGGGCCCGACUGGUCCAUCCUGGGGUAGCAGAGGUUGUCUUUGUGAAGAAGGAUGAUGCCAUCACAGCAUACAAGAAGUACAACAACCGAUGUCUGGACGGACAACCCAUGAAGUGCAACCUUCACAUGAAUGGGAAUGUCAUCACCUCAGACCAACCCAUCCUGCUGCGGCUAAGUGACAGCCCCUCGGUGAAGAAGGAGAGUGAGCUGCCUCGGCGGGGGAGUGCGGCCUCCUCUUCCAACCCUCCUGCUGAAGUGGACCCUGACACCAUUCUCAAAGCUCUCUUCAAGUCCUCGGGGGCCUCUGUGACCACACAACCCACAGAAUUCAAAAUCAAACUUUGAGGAGGGGAGUGAGGCAGCCAGAAACAGGGCAGAGGAGGGUGGCUCUGUUUCCCAAGGCAAAGCUUGUGACCAAUGGGCCGUUGGACUGAAGCCCCCUGAGCAAGGGUCAAGGCACCGGGGAGAGCUUCCUCACUGGACGGGACCCACCUUUCUAUAUUGUUCCAUACCUUGCCCUUCUGUGUGUUACAUUUCUAUUGUAUGUUUUCCUCUUUCCUCCACUCAUCAAGGUAGGCUUUGUCCAUGUGCCUCCCAUUCCCUCGGCCCCAAGCUGAUUUCUUCCCUAGGAAUGGUGCACUGUUGUCCUGGGUAGCCGUGGGACACAGGGCACUGGAGCUGUUGGAGAGGCUGCUUUGUUUUGUUGUUUGGUUGGUUGGUUUUCAGGAGUUUUCUUGUUCUGUUGAAGUUUUACAAGCAAAACGGAAUGAAUGGGACCUCCUGCCAUUUGGUGGGCAGUAGAUCAGCUGGAAGCUGCAUUAGGUCACUGGCCUCGUCUUCUUACCAUCGUCAUCGUCAACCUGACUCCUAAUGUGGGGGGAGCUCUGUGAUAGGGACAGGUAGGGUGGCUUUGUUGCUAGCUCCUGGCUGCCUGUGUUGUUUUGGGCAGCUCAAAAGGAUUUCCCAGAGUUCAUGUUCCCUUGUUAGAGUUGUGCCAAAGGCCCUGGCCCAGUUCUCUGCUUCCAGAUAGGAGCAGCAAAGGUCCAUUUUACCCUCUUGGUUCUCACCUGACAGGGCAACACCAUAGCCUAGUUUUGGUGCAGGUGCCAGCUCCAAAUUAGUUGGGCCUUUUUCUAGGCUCUACCCCCAGUCUGCAGCAUAGUGGGUUUUCAAGAGAUUGACUGAAUGGGAGCUGUUUACUGCCUCUAGCUCUGCUUUUCUGGCUUCAGUUAUCUACAGAACAGCAGUCGGGAUUGCCCAAAGUGCAGCUGCUACCAUGGCAUUGUCUCUGUUAGUGUAAGUGAACCACUACAAGUGGUCUGAGAGUGGAGAUGGCCUACCAGGCAAUCUGGUGAGCUAUUUUCUGCAGCAUGCUUUUAGUGCUGAACUAUGGAGCUUAGGCAGGUGCUGAGUUUCGGGGCAGCACCAUUCCAAAGCUGGGUAGUAGUCCUCUGUCAUUGGGGACAGGAGGUUCUAAGCUCUCAUACCUGGAGCAGGGUUCUAAGGGCACACACUCAGUAAAGGAAGCUGAGACACCACCACCCUCUCAAGGCUAGCCAAGUAAAGAGAACUUCAAUUAAUUUAUCUUCUGGAGUUUGUUCUACCCAGCUAGAAGGGUUUAGUUUGAGCCGAGAUCAGUUCUUCAGCUCUGAAGGUGCCCUGCCAAGGGAUCCAGGAAUGGUAUCUGGGGUGCUCACUUUACUGUCCAAAGAAGUGUGCUUCUCUUAAAUCCUUCUAAAUGGGUACAGACUUAGUUCUUUUCAGCCACUAGAAGACAUUCCUCUAUGCUUCACUCUUCCUGGCCCAAGAGAACACCCAAAAACACUAGGGCCUGACUUCUCUGCCAGUGGGAACAGUUGGUACACUUUUUGCUUUCUUUAGAGUAGGGAUGAACUAGACCUUUCUUGGUUCCCCUGCUCUUGUUGAACCAGGUAUGCUAUGGACAGUACAGUUGAACCAAAUCAGCCUCAGCCUCCUGGCUAUGUGCUACUUUGUGUGUGUGUAGGGUGACUCCCCUGCAUUUUACAAUGUCACCUUGGGAAACAGAAAAGGUGGGCCAACCCUCAUGUCCCUCCCCUCCCUUGCAUUACUUCUUUGUGUCUUGUUCAGGAGAGAAUGACAUUGCAGGAUGGAGAGGCUUGUUACUUUCCAUUUCUCAAUAAAUGUUUGUUAUUCCUAA